GUGAGCGAACGUAACCGCCCGUCGCUCAAUUAUCGUACUUAUUCGGCGAUCGCUGCCAAGAACGGUGUUCAACCAAAACAGCCAACAUUGCGUAUACGCAGCGUGUGCCGUGACCUUAAGCCAAGCCAAACCGAUAAAAAGCCAACCAUCGCAAUAAAGCGACGAAAAAAGAAUCGAAAGCAAGGCGAAACAGCGCACCAGUCGACGCCAACACAAACAGAGAGAUACUUAUACGUGUUCCAACGCAAAAAAGCUAAAACAAAAAAAAUUCAAAAUAAGAUAAACAUUAUAUACACUUGGCGGUGACAAAAAGCCAAAAGUAAAUAGCUGCUCGCGAACACUUAAUUCAACUGGAGCGGCGGGUGAAAACUGAGAAGCCAAAAAUUGGCCCAGAGAACCCACGAUAAUGAGGUGAAGUGGAAAACCCACAGACGGAGAGACCCAGGAAACUCGAGGAAAGAGCCACCCAGCCAGGAGAUAAGGCUUAUCGGGAGAGGAGACCCCCACAAUGGCCGACGAAGAUCUCAGCCCGCUGCCCUUCCGCCGGGAGCGCAAUCUCAGCAACAGAAACUUUAACAAGAGAACCUCGCGCCGCCGGAUCAGCCAACAGGCGGCGGAGCAGGAGCGGCAUAGCAGCGCGCUCGGCAGUAGCGAUCCGGAGCCCGUCGACGCCGCACGGAGAGACAGCCCCGCGAGCAGCUCCAGCUCCAGUUCGUUCCAGCUCUCGUACUCCGUUAAUUCCGACACGGAGAGCGCCUUCCACCGCCGCUCGCUGCUCAAGAUGCACGAGGCGGAAAGCGGAGGAGCAGUGGAGGUCACCACGGAGUCGCCAGUGUCACCAGAGUCACCAGGGACUCCCACCCCCGAUCCCGCCCUCCUGGAUGUCCGGCAGAAGGUGCACCGCUUCGAAACGCUCAAGACAAACAUCAUCUUUCUGAAGCAGGAGCGGCACAGCCUCAAGUUGCUGGAGAACCGUCGUCAUCCCUCCUUCGAGGAUUACUCCGCGGAUCAUGGCACGCCUCCGGCCACGCCCCCGCGUCGCAUACGCCUCCUGGGGCUGGGCAGCAGUCGCAGUAGCUCCAUACCCAGUAUUCAAGGCCGGGAGAGCAUCCACGAGGUGCGAUCCGAGGACGAGGUAGAUCAGAUAUCGGACUUUGAAACGGAUCCACAUGCAGCCGGCGAGGAGUAUGUGAUUUCGGACACCACCUCGGAGGUCAUACCCAGUCGGGAGGUCGAGGAGUCCAGUGCCCAGCAGCAGGUGCAGCGUUCCAUUAGCGCGGAUCCAUCCAAAGCAGGGCACACAUUGUCGCUAAAAAUGCGCAACGAUUUCCCCAGAAACUAUCGCUCCACGCCGAGACGAAAGACUGAAAUCAUUGGCACCACCAACGAGCAUGUGGUGGGCAAGUUUCACUCGGUCUAUCACCCAAAAGAGGAAGAGGAGGAAGUCGAGAUCGAGCUGCGCGACAAGAGCGACAAGUGCGUGCAUCCUAUUCUUGAGGAGCUGAUCAAGACGGAGGAGGCCUACGUGAACAACCUGUUCAUGGGCAUCGAGAACUAUGGAAACAUCUUCCAGCGCAAGGAUCUGCCGCUUGGCCUUCGGGGCAAGAAGUACGAUCUGUUUGGAAACAUCGAGCAGAUCGCCGAGUUCCAUCGGGAUGAGUUUCUGCCCAUGCUGCAACGUAAUCGUCGCGAUCUGAAGCGUUUGUUCGACGAGUUUCUGCAGUUCCUAGACCAAAACUGCUUUUAUGGAUAUGUUAUCUUCACCAUGAACAAGCAAAAGUCCCUCAAGCUGUGCGAUCUCUACAAAAAUUAUUUCACUAGUAUUCGCCUGGAACGCGAUGAUAAGUUGGGCAUUAAUAGCUUUCUGGUUCAACCUAUCCAGCGCAUGGCACGUUACCCUUUGCUCCUGACGCAAUUCAUUAAUACCUUCUUUAAGAACCGUGAUAUAGUGAUGAAGCCACUAAUUGAGUCCUGCUGUCGACUGGAGAAGCGUCUGCGUUUCCUGCUGACCACCACCAAUGAAUCGGAGAUCAUCAAUGACAUAGUGGACUGUCAUGAGUUCAACGUCUACUACCAGGGCAAAUUCCGCAAGGUGAACGAGUUCCAGGUGAUCGAUCACAAGCUGAAGCGCAGCUACAGGAGCAAGGUUUUCAUUUUCGACAAGUGCAUCAUCUACACUGAGAUCAAGGGCAAGAACCUGAUCUUCCACGGACGUUAUCCUUGCGAGCACAUUGGCAUCUCGGCCAAGACCAAGUCUUUUACGCUCUACUACGAGCGCAGGAAGCAGCAGGAAUGUGAAUUCACCGCGGAUCCGGCGCAGAUUGCCGCCUGGCUGGACUUAAUCCGGGACAUGAUCAACAACUUUGCGAACGAGGAGCGCCAGAAGCUGCAGGAGCGCUAUUCCCGAGAGAACGAUCACCUGCAUCGCAAGGCACCCAGUUUUUCGCUAUAUCGCGACUCGAAUCGUUUUAGUUCGGACAGUGGAAUUGGUAACAUCUGGAUAAUGCCAAAACCAGACGAAGAGACAAUCAGCAAUAGGACCACUUGGUAUGCGGCCACUUCGUAAGGCACAACAAGAUUGUGAGACAUGAAGAGGAUCUUCUUCAGGUUAAGGGUAACCGGCAGUUCUGAAGUGAUACAGGGGGAGCCCAAUCCCUUGCUAUCUGCAAUUGUCUAUGGCGGCCAAUUUUUAAGGGCCUCUAAGCCAAGCCAAGUCAAAUUCGAACUUGUUUCAAAUUCCUGCUUAUCUUAUGUGGCAAAAGAAAAUCCGAAACAUAAAUGUUUUGAUUUGAAUGCUAAAUAACCAAAUAUUGAAUUAUAAGUUUAGUUGGUUAAUUAAGUUGUAUAUAUUCCUGUAUUAUUGUUGUCACAAAUGGCAAUUCGUUAAACGUUCUCUUGUGCCUAGCUUCUUAAGCUUUUUUUGUUUUGUGUAAAUAUUGACUGUAGGUAAUGUUUUAUAAAAACUGUAGAGAAAACGUUUUAAAUAAAUGAAAAAUUAUGAAAAGUA